UUCCCGUCGGCCACUUCGCCCACGUGGAGAACGCCAGGGAGCUGUGAGGGUGUGCAGUCACGUUCCUGCUAUCUGGACACUUUUUCCUCUACUGAGACUCAGCUGGUAGAUCCACAGGCCAGUCCUCCUGGGGGCUGAAGUGUGAGUGAGGUGUGAAAUAUGGGUUUUCGAAGAAAAUUAAUCUAUCGGCGUAGACCAAGAAUGUUUGUAGAAUCUUCUGAGUCCAGUGAUGAGCAACCUGAAGAAGUGGAAUCACCAACUCAAAGUCAGGAUUCUACUCAAGAGGAAGAGGAUGAGGGAGCAUCUGAAGCUCAAGGGCAGGAGCCUGAAGCUGAUAGCCAGGAACCGGUGCUGCCGAAGACCGGCUAUGAGCUUGGAGAUGGUCCUGAUGCCAAGAAGGUGUGCCUGCGAAACCCAGAGCAGAUGAAACUGCCCGCAGAAGGGCCAGAGCCUGAAGCAGAUAGCCAGGAACAGGUUGACCCAAAGACUGGGUGUGAGCGUGGAGAUGGUCCUGAUGUCCAGGAGUUGGGCCUGCCAAAUCCAGAGGAGGUGAAAACACCUGAAGAAGAUGAAGGGCAAUCACAACCUUAAAAGAAGACACGCUGAAAUGAUGCAGGAUGCUCCUGUGUUGGAAAUUUGACCAUUAAAAUUCUCCCAAUAAAGCUUUACAUCCUUCUGCAAAGAA